CUACCUCUAGAAAUGGGCGGAUUUGCGGCGUAAAUCCAGAAUCCGUAGGCGAAAUGACCCUGGAUCAGGGGGAGGGCACAGACCAGUUCACCAUAAAUCCUGCACCAUAAAUCCAGAAUGGUCCUGGCGCUGGGGGAGUCCCCUCUACGGCUACCAGCGAGCAGAGGGGGGAGAUCUGACCAUCGGGGGCCAUGGGUGACCCUUUUAUUUACUUGUCGGAGUGAGGCAGAGCCAGCGCGGCUGCCAGCGAAGGCCAUCCCGGGGCUAAGGCUCCUCGACGGCUUCCAGUGCCUGACCUGCUCAGCCCACCUCACAAGGGAUUGCAAGUCGAUGCAACGGCACGUGUCGAAAGCCCACCAGCAAAAGCUAGCGUUGCAUGAGAAGAGCCCUCUGUGGCGGGGGUGCAAGCUUCAGACUUUCUUUGCCGAGAACCGCUGGGUUCGGUAUUUUGUGGUAGAGGAGGGAGAAGUAGCUGCUAGAGGGAGCUCCGAAUGCUCUUUUAUAGCUAGCUUGGAUUCGAGGGAGGCAGACUUCUUUACGCAGCUUGACGAGGACGCAGCUAUUGCAGGUGAGGAUGCCAAAGCAGAAGCCAACACCGUUCAUGGCUUCGGUAGCCAUAAAUCUGCUGUGGUGCCGUGGCUUCGACGGACGGGCAUCGAGGAGCACACGCGGGGCUUGAAGAAGGACGAGAUGCACACCUCUUUUGCGGUGCCAAAGAAUGCCGAGAGCGAGCCCGAGCUGUUCUUAAUGCUAGAGGUCAUGGACGAGAUCUUUACAGAGGCGCACAGCUGCCACUUUACCACGGCCGACGACGACCAGCGGACCCCGGAGAGCUGCAUCCAGCUCACGGAUAGCCAGGAAAAUGCGUGGGAAGCGGCCUCCCAAAGCGCUGUAAAGCAAGACCGGCCUGCGCUAAGAAACGCCAUAUCGGACCUCUCAAUGGCGCUAGUCUGCCACGAAUUUGGAGGCAAUCGGUACAACUCCCCAUUGCUUAGCUUCUGCGCUAUGCUCAGCGUUAAGCCACACACUAAGACUUGGAAGGAGCUGGGCAACUAUAAUAGCUACUUGUCUGGCGUGAUCUGGGUUGCGCAGCUUAUUAUCUUCCACACUAGCGCCUAUCUGGAGAAGGCGGAGCUAGGUGAUACACUCGAGCGCAUUAAGCAGUAUUGCGGGAAGUUCUUAAAGCAAGACACCAAGACUCCCAUAGGCGAGAUCCUCGGCUGGCGCUUGCUGCUGUUUACUGUCUCGAAGGAGGUCGUUGGGCCGCACCAAGCACAGUGGGAUGUGGACGAGAAGGUCCUGACCUACCGAGACGUUGAUUUGCAUAUAGAUCACGUGCCGCGGCUCUUACUCUCCGACUUCUAGCAGGCC